UGACGGUCGUUCUGUUUAGAUCGAAAACUUUUUCAUACAAUAAAAUUUCAUAAAAUACAAACAUAAAGUUAAAAAAAUUUUUAGUGUAAUAGCAAUUUUAAAGAACUUUAAACUAAUUACAUUAUUUUCGUGUGAACAAAAGAGUUAUAGUUGAUUAUUGGUAAUUGUGUCGAGAAUUAUUACAUUUUUUGCUAUUGGAUGAAGCGCAAAAUGUCGAUGGCGUAAUCGAGUUAUUACAAUUAUUUAUUUAUCUUGCGGCGUUUUUAUUACACACCUCGAACAGGAAGUUCUUGCGGUUAUUUGGUCAAGUAGCCAUCUGAUAAUAAUAAAUAAUUUGACAAUAACACAGUACACCAUAGAGUAAUUAAUAAUUAUUAAACGUGAAAAAGUUUUAAAAAAUAAUUUUGAAAAAUGUCGGGGACACUACAUUCAUCUGGCGGGCUCUCAAAGCUGAAGAAGAAACACUUUCGAGUUAAGCAUCAAAAGGUCAAGCUUUUUCGUGCCAACGAGCCACUCCUAAGUGUUUUUAUGUGGGGUGUCAAUCACACAAUUAAUGAAUUAAGCCACGUCAAUAUACCAGUUAUGCUGCUCCCAGAUGAUUUUCGAGCUUACAGUAAACUAAAAGUGGAUAAUCAUCUUUUCAAUAAAGAAAACAUGCCAUCACAUUUCAAAAUAAAAGAAUACUGUCCUCUUGUAUUCAGAAAUUUAAGGGAAAGAUUUGGUAUUGAUGAUAUUGAUUAUAAGGAAUCAAUGACCAGAUGUCGUGUGUUUAAUCCCUCGCGAGCUAAUCGGCGAUUGAGAAAGCCACAAAAUACUGAAAGUAUUCAGGCAAUCAACGAAAAUGGAAAACUACAUCAAAUGGUACAACGAUCCGCUACUGUUCCUUCGAUAACAAUAUCGGCUCCUAGCUCCGCGUCGCAAUUACCGAAUAUUACUAAGCCACAACGUACCUACAGUUUUAAACCAAAACGUCUGAGAUCACAACCAACGCUUGAUGAUUCUUCAGGUAAAAGCGGCGCUAAAUUUUAUCAAUCUUACGACAAAUUAUUUAUUAUUAAGACAUUAACGAGUGAAGAAGUGGAAAGGAUGCACUCAUUCCUUAAACAUUAUCAUCCAUAUAUUGUCGAAAGGCAUGGAAAAACUUUAUUACCUCAGUAUUUAGGAAUGUAUCGUCUUACAGUUGAUGGUGUAGAGCAUUAUGUAGUCGCAAUAAGAAAUGUUUUUUCCAAUCACUUAACAACGCACAAAAAGUUUGACCUAAAAGGUUCUACAGUUGAUCGAGAAGCAUCUGACAAAGAAAAAGAGAAAGAUUUACCAACAUAUAAAGAUAAUGAUUUUGUUAAAGACGGUAUGAAAAUUUAUAUAGGUGAAGAAGCAAAAACCAAGUUAAUUGAAACUCUCACAGCAGACGUAGAUUUUUUAACGCGAUUGCAUUUGAUGGAUUAUUCUUUACUUGUGGGUUUACACGAUUGUGCACGAGCUGAGCAAGAAAACCGAGAAAGAGCAGAAAGAGAAGAAGAUGAAGAUAAUCAUGAUGAUGAAGAAGACAGUGAAUCCGGUAGUGGUAUAGAUUCUAGGGGACCUGGCACUGAAAGAGCUUGGGGAUGGGGUGGAAUUACUGGGAUGACAACACCCCCAGAAUCACCUCACACAGGAUUUAUGAGAGAAAUGAGUCUUCAAUAUGAAAAUUCGAUUAUACCUGAACUCGAUAUAUAUGCUAUUCCUAGUUCAGAAGGAGCUCCUACUAAAGAAAUUUAUUUUUUGGCAAUAAUUGAUGUUCUGACGCACUAUGGAGUGAGAAAACAAGCAGCAAAAGCUGCUAAAACUGUGAAAUAUGGGUCAAACGUUGAUGGUAUUUCUACUUGUGAUCCAGAGCAAUAUGGCAAGCGAUUUAUUGAAUUUAUGAGUAAAGUUAUCGAAUAAAUCAAUGUUUAUUAUCUAUUUGACUGAAUAAAUGUUGAGAGAUUAAAUCAAAUGGAAAAAAUUGUUACUAAUCUAUUGCUAUUGCUAAGUUCAUGUCGAUGGUGAGAAAUUAGAAAAUUCAAUUCAAAUCUAUAUUGUAGUAACAAUUACAAAUAUUACUUAAAAAGACCAUUUGUUAUAUUCGUUUAUUUAAAAGAUAGCAAGUAUAAUAAAAACAUAAAAUCAGUUUUUUGUGAGUAAAUAACAACUGAUCUAUUCCAUUUCUGCGUUUUACAUGAUUUAAAGUGUUUAAAUUUUAAAUGUAAGCUUCAUUGAAUGUCUUUUAAAUAUUUUUUUUGAUUUUCUUACGAUGUUUUUUUUUUCUAUAAUCUCAAAUUAGUUUAUACAAUAAAAUAUAUGGUACUAAGAUAAAAAUAAUGUCAAUAUUGAAAAAUAUUUUAAAAUCGAAGAAAAAACUAUUAGUAAUUCGCAGAAAUGAAGCGGAAUGGAAAUGAAAUAAAACAUCAUUUUCAACAAAAAACUAGAUUAUAAAAAAAAUAAAUACAAUAAACCAAUAAUACUAA